UUUUGAAAUACAAAAUUUUUUGUUUGCUUUUUAAUUUUUCCAAAACUUUUCAGCAAUUUUAGCUUACAAAAGAAAAACGAAACUUUUAGAAAAAUUGUAACUUACUUCUCAAUAUAGUUACCGUUUAGCUCGAUUCACUUGACCCAAAGAUCGAUCAAAUUAAAUUUCUGUCGGGCGAGUGACUUUCAAAAGUGGAUGUGCAAUAUUUCGUAGUCUAAUUUGUCGGAUUUGGCCGUGACGAGAAAGGAGGUCUGAACUAAUGUCUUUGGCGAGCCAAAUGGGUAUUCUCCAAUUUGGUGGAAUAGACACAAUAAAAACGGAGUCCGGUGAUCGUUUUGUUUUCAAAUUAUUCUUUAUGAAUCCAAAAACAGUAAGUAUAUCCUUUCCGACUGAUAGGUUGGCCUACGCUUUCUUCGGAGUAGAUUCGCCGGGUGAACCCCACUAUUACGACUGUUCCUUGAUAGUAGCUCCGACGGUCACGAAAUGCCACAAAAACUACUUCGCAUUGCGCUUAAUUAGUGUCAAACACCAUUGCGCUUGUAGUCCGGAUCGAAUCUACGUUAACGGAAAGGAUCCUAAUUUUGAACCCACUAAGAAUGGUCAACUCGACAACAUUCCUCAAAUUUGUUAAGGUGGCUAAUAUCAAUUUCGGCUAUAUCCUGGUGUUUGGAUGUUUCCACCUGAAGUUCCUCCAUCAAGACAAGACGAACCUUGCUAAGAGCAAGCAGUUCAGUGGAUCUCUUGCGUUUUUGCUUAGACCAGAAGGAUUUCGCUGUCCUACAGGAGCUGAUUGAUCUAAAGGUCUAGCGCUGGAACGCAAGAGGCGAUCAAGUUCGUUUCCAACCCGAUGUAAUUGGGACAAGCGUAUCCCUUCUAGCCAGCUCAUCGAUUUUGUAGUGUCCAACAAUUCCGUUUAAACGAGACACCCAAACUUAUAUUUCAUACAAUCUUAUUGAAUACCACCAUUUUAUUUAUAAGUUUCAUUCUUCUCGAUUUGAAGUCCUAUAAAAUGACACACUAUUGUAAGACGCAACACAAGCCAAUUGGGUUAUAUCAUAUUCCGCUUAAAAACAAGAGUAUGAUUUUUGAUCAAUAAAUAAAAGUUAUUUUAUAUAUGUAUAUCCUUUAGCAUAUGUACACACACAUAUAUAUUUACUUUAUUUUUCCAAUUAACUAUUACAGAC